AUGCCGAGCUACCGUUUAACGUACUUUAACAGUCGAGGUCGUGGCGAAAUUAUUCGCUACUUAUUCGCUUUAGCCGGUGUCCCUUACGAAGAUGUUCGUGUUACUUCGGAGGAAUGGAAAAAGAUGAAAUCCGAUUCUAAGGCUCCUUUUGGACAGCUGCCGAUGUUAGAAGUUGAUGACAAAGUACUGUGCCAGAGUCACGCAAUUGCAGCCUAUCUGGCUCGAGAAUUUGGAUUUGCUGGUAAAACUAGUGCGGAUGAAUACAAAGUUUACGCCGUUCAAGGAGCUGUUACUGAUGUAAUGACUAAGCUUAUUGGUAUUUUCUUCGAAGCGGACGAAGCGAAAAAGGCCGAAAAACUGAAAGAUUUCUCUGAAAAUUUUCUUCCUCCAUGGUUAAGUGCUGUUGAAAAAGUAUAUAAGGAAGGAGGUACCAGUUUUUUCGUUGGCGACUCAUUGACCCUUGGCGAUUUAUAUUUUCUCCUCACUGCCGAGACCCUUCAAAGCAUGAACAAAGAUAUCUUUAAAAGUGUCCCUGCUUUGGAUGGGUUGUUCGAUCGCAUAGCUAAUAAUCCUAGAAUUAAGGCGUGGAGAGAAAAGCGCCCGAAAACCGAUCACUAA